UUAGAUUUUCGCGCACGCAUUUGGUUACCAAUAUCGCCCUCCGGGCGCGAUCUUCAUACGGCGGAAGCUUCUGCCCUUGUCUUCUUGCAAGACAAAUGUGAUUUGUGACCUCAAAUCAGCAACGUGUGCGAAGUAUGUAUUUAUAGCUCUGGAACAGGUAGUGUAAUGCAGGCAGAAGGAUAGGUUCUGCUCCAGCUGCGGAUGAAGAACUAUGCAAGCCCCUAUAUAGCCGAGAUCAGGGAACGCAGACGCGGCAGGCGGCUUUGUAGGGUAACACUAACACCAAAGCAGGCAACCACUAAAAUUAAGCGAUGCGGGGCCGUUAGGAUUUCCCUGCUUUUCCUAUGGCGGAUACUUCCUUUUGGCGCGGGCGAAUCAGCACGGGUCUGCUGAACCUAAACCCGGGUAAUGAAUGCAGCUACUAGCAGGACUCCGGUUGCUCAGUCGGGAGUGCUGAAUAAGUCGACACUGUAGAGCACUGCAGGAAGCGGUCCUGUUGGCGCUAGGCAGGCGGGUGGCGAAUAUCCGUAUUUGCGAAUAAGGGAUGCGGCCUAUAGCCUCUCUUCGCAUCUAUCGAAUAUGUAGUUUCGGACGGUCAUGCACAGUGUCGCUUUUUGCUUCUCCGCUUGGUAUGCUAUCUGUCAUGCAAAAUGUCGCCAUCUCCGCUUUGUAGGGUUCACUCGACAGAGACAUGGUGCCGCAACUAGCGGUUUUUAGAACGGCGAAGAGGGGUCGGGCUUCUUCCUUGCUUUGUUUUCCUUUUGCGGAUACUACCCUUGGCGUGAUUCCGGCCCACUCGCAGGGGUCGACGCGGUGUAUGAGAGUUCGUGGUCGCCUCCGUCAACACAAGACCUCGGCACUACCCGAGGUUCGCCGACCGCACGGGGGGUGCAGGACUCGGCUCGGCAAGGGAUACGGACAUCUGGACCCGGAUUGUGAUCUCCCUCAGGGGGGAGGGAUGAAGCUUCAUUCCUUAUCUGGCUUCUCCUCCGUCCCUGUUUCCUCUCGCUGCUAUCACGACGCGCUGAAGACGGGAUGGCGCCGGCGACGUUUACCGGUGCUGGAGGCGGCUGGCGUCCAUGGAAGUGGUCACUCUGGCUUAUCGCGGUACGGUGUCCCAGGCGGUACGGGCGGUAGAUUGCGGUCUACGUCGGGCGGUACACGGUGCUCGCGGCGCGUGGAGGCGGAGUCUUCAUACCUUACGAUGGAAUUUGGGUUUCCUGCUGCUUCUCCCGAGCGAGGCCGUCUUGCCUUCCACUCAGGGCUCUCGUGGAUUGAGCCUGGCGGGAAAUUCCCGUUGCGCGAGGCUCUUGCCAGGAGUUCGUCCACGCUUGCCGACGCUGCUUCGGGGGUAGACGGGGUCAGGGUGGCUAUCGGAGCUUGCUCCGGGGCUUGCGGUGUGGGGGCGGGUUCAUGGGGCUGUGCCCGGGCUCAGCAAGGGUUCUUCCCCUGUCUGUGCUCCCUCGUGUUCACACUCCCGUGCUGCUUGACUGGUAGUCAUUUUGGCUUUUGUUUUUCCUCCGUCGCGGUCGUUUGGUCCCCAGGGCUGCUACGGACAGGGCCCCCUGGGUUACCUCGGUCGAGUGGUCGUGCGGUUCGGUUCUCCGAUGCCCAUGCCUUCCGUGUACUUGCCGCUGGGUACUGGUUGUGCGUCUCUUUCGUCAGACUGUUUCGCUUCGGCGAAACGACAUGA